CUGCUGCUCGGACUUCGACGAGCACUGUCUGAAAACAGGUCAGUGCGACACGGUGUGGCACCACAUCCACGUUCUCCUGGUUUCUCCUUCUACGUCACUGUGUCGUCCAGGAAAGAUCUGGAACUAAAAACCUUUCAGUCGUUUACGGGAGGCUUCGAGUGUUCGCAGGAUCGCUGUGAGGAGCAGAGGAACGACGACCAUGCCUGCCACUGCUCAGAGGACUGUCUGGAGAGAGGAGACUGCUGCUCCAACUACAGAUCUCUCUGCAAAGGUGAGACCUCGUGGGUGCAAGAGGACUGUGAGGAGAUCAGGAGUCCUGAAUGUCCUGCAGGCUUCAUCCGUCCUCCCCUCAUCAUGAUGUCCGUGGACGGAUUCAGAGCCUCGUACUUGAAGAAGGGAAAAUCUGUCAUUCCCAACAUACAGAAGCUCAGAUCGUGUGGCACAUCAGCGCCGUACAUGCGACCAGUCUACCCGUCAAAGACCUUCCCAAAUUUAUACACCCUGGCCACAGGUCUUUACCCAGAGUCCCACGGCAUUGUGGGUAACACCAUGCACGACCCAGUGUUUAACGCCACCUUCAGCCUGCGCACCCGAGAGAAGCUGAACCACCGCUGGUGGGGGGGGCAGCCGAUCUGGAUCACAGCUCAGGAGCAGGGAGUGAAAGCCGGGACUUUCUUCUGGCCUUGGUACUUAAGUUGGGUGAUUCCUCUGGAGAGAAGGAUCCUGACCAUCCUGCGUUGGCUGCUUCUCCCCGACGACGAGAGGUACACGUCAGCUUUCUGUUGUCACUGA